CAGGCCUAACACUCCCGGGGGCAGCCAUUUUCUUAAGGGCUAUUACUACUGUAUGCUAACGACUUUCUCGGAGUAAAGUAUUGAAAUGAAAAAAUCUAAAAUGCCUCUGAGUCUAGUUAUUAAUUCUGGGGACGAGGCGGAAAGAAAAAGCCUCCUCACUUAGACCCAGAGGGGUGUUAUUCAAGGUGUUCUUCAACUUGUCUCCUUAAUCCUUAGGAAGAAAACGAGUCAUAAGCACAGAAGAUGAGCCCUUAGCCUUUUUUUUUCUUAGCCUUUUAAACAUACGAUCCAAGCGGCACGAUUUAAAUGGAAUUGUUGGGGGCUGAAAAGCUCUCUCGAGCUCCAAGAAUCUAGUCAUGGCCCUUUAAGGAUGCGGGUUGGGGGGGGGGGUCCUAGGGCGGAAGUUGUAUUGCUGGGCCGAAGGCCGGCAGAUGAAGGGCGGAAAUAGUAUGUUCAGUUCGGAAAUCAUGGCGCAGGAAAAGGAAGAUGUUAGAGAUUACAAUUUAACUGAAGACCAGAAAGCAAUCAAGGCCAAGUAUCCUCCAGUCAUUCAGAAGUACGAAUAUUUGGAUCAUACAGCAGAUGUCCAGUUACAUGCGUGGGGAGAGACGCUGGAGGAGGCGUUUGAGCAGUGUGCCAUGGCCAUGUUUGCAUACAUGACAGACACUGGGACUGUGGAGCCCCUCCAGACAGUAGAAGUAGAAGCCCAAGGAGAUGACUUACAGUCUCUUCUGUUUCACUUUUUGGAUGAAUGGCUUUAUAAGUUCAGUGCUGAUGAAUUCUUCAUACCCCGGGUGGGGAGAAGAAUUUUCACUUUCCAAGCAUCCUCAGGGAACAGAAGUCAAAGCAAUAACAUAUUCAGCAAUGCAAGUCUAUAAUGAAGAGAAACCAGAAGUUUUUGUGAUCAUUGAUAUUUAAGACACUAAAAAAAAAAGAAAGACCUAUGAA